CGUGGUUUUUCGUUUCGACAAGGCUCCCCGUGAGCUCCCCAAAAAUCCGAGCGCUCCGGGACCUAGCGCCAGCCGCCGCGCGUAGAGGAACCAAGUUUCUCCGGUGGCCUCGCUGGAGUUGUAGUGGCAGCAGGAGACGCGGGAGGAGGAACCACCGUCAAGAACCACGAAAUAUACCGACGAAGACUGCAGUGGCAAUAGCAGCAGCAGCAACUGUGGCGUGCCUGUGUGUCUCCAAGGGGCGGAAGUAGCGGUAGCAGCGCCACUGCCACCUUUGGAACCUGCAGGAGGUCUCGGUCGAGAGCCCUGGAAGCUACCAGGUAAAAAAAAAAACAAGAAGACGAAGCGGUAAACAAACGACGAGUUUGUGAAUGAGACCCGACGGACUUGUCAUCGAUGUUUAGAGCCCUGGAAACUACAAGGUGAAAAUAAGAAGAAGAAGAAGAAGGCGGAGAAGAAGUUAACUAGAGAGGAAGAAGGAAAACACAGGGGAAGGCGUGAGUUUGCAGACGAGACCCGACGACGAAUUUGGGGUAGGGAAGAGAGUUGAUGGCUGCUGAUGGCAAGAAUGCCAGAGGGUGUGUGGGUUGCAUCAAGAUUCCCCCGUCCGUCCGUCCGGGAGGAGCGUUUCUGAGGACUCGCCAGUGAGUCAGGAAGGCGAGGAGGGACGUGCCCGAUUGGUUUUUCCACUCAGGAAGGCAGACACGGAGAAAGGUAGCAAAAGAUAGAAAGAGAAACAGAAAGAACUGGCCAGUGAGAUGCAGUGCUCAAAAGGGGAAAGGAUAAUGAGAUAAAACGCAGGUGAUAAAGAAAAGUUGCGAUAGAUUUUCCUGAAUGGUGCACAGCGGUGGUGUACAGUGAUGCGAAGGUCCGAUUCGUGAAUGGCCGAAGGAACUCGGGAGGUUUGAAGGGAUGAAUGAGGGUUGAGUUAGUGAAUGGAAAACGAUAGAAAUCAGUGGUUAUUCACGAGGUGAAGUCAGUGAACUGUAUUGAAAUGUUACCAUAGAUAAUGGAAGAAUUCCGUUGCGAAAUAAGUGAAUAUAAUUGAACAAUUAGUGACUAAUGCAGGUAGGGAGGUUUACGACUAAAAUUCAGGCUUCUGCAAAUUGACAAAGUAAUCAACUCAAUAAAACGAGGAAUAAAAAAUGGGAAAACGACCUCUCUCAAUGCCCAACUAAAAAAAAAAUUCACUCGACACAAAAAAUGGCCAGGCACAACAUAAGAAGAUGAGCCACAACCAACGAAAGAGAGAAAAAGAUAAAAGAGGAGAAUACCUAGAGCGAAAUACAAAAACAGAAGACAGUCAGUGACGGGAGUAGAGUGUUGUUGUAACCGACUGGUCGAUAUCUGUCGGAAGUCGACCGUAGGAGAAUGAGGAAAUACCCGCUGGUUGCCGAGUCAUGACGGGGCUACAUGCCGGCGAUGUUUGGUCGGGAGGGAGUGUUUACGCAACGGCCUCCGAGACGUCCUGGUCUCCUGGUCUCCACGGUGUCACGGGCCAUCUCCACUUCCACCAUGACCCGAGGCACCACCUUCCUCCCAGACCUCCCCAUCUUCCACACCCUUCCCACCAGCAGGCUACCCAACAGCAAGAACAGCAGCAUCACAGCAGCAGCAACAGCCACAAGGACAGAUGCAGCCAUCGGGGGAAAGACCACCAAACCCCAGCGCCCCUCCUUGGCACCACGAGAUGCCCCCAGGAGGGGGCCACGAACCAGCAGGAGCCUUCGAACUCCUGUGCCGGAAUGAGAUGCAGAGUCACCUGGAAGUGCCAUCAGCCAGCCCUUACUAUAUAGACCCAAAGAAGGACGUAGUUCCCCCUACUCCUGCAGGGAAACUAGGGGACUGUGGUAGUGAGAGUGAAUCCUAUUCCUUUAGCAGAAGUACCGAGGUGAUAGACAAAGUCAGAAGUGGUUUCCCUUCACAGGGAGACUAUGGCAGGAGCCCCUUUCACAGUGUGUCCCAGGUUGCAGUGAGCCCUAGUGACAAAGAAGUGCCUUCGCCGGUGCUCCCCGAGCACAGGAUCAAGCUGGAAGCACCCUGUGUUUCCGAAAGUGUUACCAGUUCGGCUAGCCAGUCGCCGUGCCUCCCUCCCAGGCACGACUACAAUGCCAAUCUUCCAAUCUUUCACCAGCAGCUGCAGAAUGUGCAACAGCAGCCUUCUGCAUUCCAGCCCAGUCUUCCUUCCUUUACGAUGGUGCAAAGUCACCAGCAGACCUACCAGGCUGUGUCAUCGAACCAGCAGUAUCCUCUUCAGCAUCCCUCUGCAGCAGCAGCGGCGGCACCUCCUCAGCAGCCACCACAGCAUCAGCAGUACCAGCAUGCUGGUGGAAUGAGCGCUUGGGGAGCCUCUUACCAAGGUGGCGAGAGCAGCGCUUACGGAGGAGACCAGCAUUACAACAUCUACGCACGGUCCGUUUAUAUCCAGGGCACUCCUCAGUACCCGUACCCCGGUUAUCCGGGCCUGGCGACGUCUCCCCCUGGCCACUCUCGUAGACCAGGGGUUCCUCAGCCAAUGCUCCCUCCUCCAGGGGUGUCUGCCCCUGCACUGGCCACUCCCAUGAAAGCCAGGAGGAGGAGACGCUGGACUAGACGCAAGUCCAUCAUCCACACUUGCUCCCAUUCCGGCUGCGCCAAGACCUACGCAAAGUCGUCCCACCUGAAGGCGCACAUGAGGACCCACACGGGCGAGAAGCCUUACACCUGCGACUGGAAAGGAUGCGGGUGGAAGUUCGCCAGGUCUGACGAGCUGACCCGCCAUUACCGGAAGCACACGGGGGACAGGCCAUUCCAGUGCCGUCUUUGCGAGAGGGCCUUUUCCAGAUCGGAUCACCUCAGCCUCCAUAUGAAGAGGCAUAUGGCGCUCUGAGCUCCUUCCUGUGACCUAGGGGCCUCUUACUGCCUUUCCUCUUCGUCUCACAGAAUGAAGAGUCACUGAAAUGGCAGAGUGAGUAGGAGUGACCCUUACUCAGUGGAACUUGAAAUCUUUAGUGUUCUGGCUUACAACAGUGCUUGUUUAUAUUUAUACUUUUUAUACAAUCAAUGUACUUGUGUGUUUACUAAUUUAUUGUAGGGUAAGAACAACCUGACUGCAAUUAGCACCUUAACAUCUUCCACUAUUCCAUUUAUCAUGGUUUUAUAAAGUUAAUUCUUCAAUUAAAGUUAUGUUCCAUGGAUAAGUGAUACACUAUAUCUUUCUUUUAGGAUGGCCUCUAAAUUUAUUUUUGGAUUCCUUUGGAAGAAUUAAAUGUCAUCCUGAAUUUAUACUAGAAUGGAAUCUGUAUCAGUAUAUGCAAUAAUUAAAAACUAACUUUAAAUCAAUGUAGAAACUUUGUUGAUAACCAAUUAAAGUUGCAUAAAGUAAAAAGUAUUAAUUCUUUUCAGUACAUGCAACAGAGUGAAUUAAACCCUUACUUAAAGUAACUGAGCGUCACACUUCGGCGUCAAUAUAUGGAAAUACAACGAAAGUAAACUGAAGACAUUUUAUUCAUUCAGCUUUCCUUUAUAAUUUUAUUUUCAUUCACUUCCCUAUAGGCAACUUCUGACUUUGAAGAUAAAUUUAUUAAAAUGUCAUUAAACAGUUACCAGAAGAUAAUUCCUCUAGAUUUCUUGGGAGAAAAUCGACCUCAAAUUUUGUAUAGCCUCUGACUGAAUGCGCUCUUCCCCAAUAAAAUAAAUUUAGUUGCAAUAAGUUUCCAUUUUCUCUUCAUCAAUGAAGUAAAAGAGGUUAGUAUCAACUCAGUGGUGCCUAUGAAGUAAAUUCUGCAAAUCUGAAGCUCUACAUCGCACAUUAAAUAAAAGGUAAAAGAAUGAAUCCAACGUAUCCAGUGUUCGUCAAAAUGAUAAAGUUGAUUAAUAAACAUUGUCCAUGGAUUUGUAGCCAAGCAUCAGUUAUCUGAAUUUGUAAAUACAAAUAGCAAGAGUGUUCCAAUGUUCUAUGCCAGUCAGUUUUAACAAAGAUAUUAACAUUCCCUUUUGUAAUUCAACAAUGUUCUCUUGUGUGAUACGUCACUGUACAUAACAUAUAUUAACAUCUAGCUAAUAGCCAAAGCUUUAAACAUAGAAGCUAGAAUCUAU